AUGACACGAGCAAUGGAAACUUGUUCAUUGAUUCAAAAACACUUAUCUUCAGAUAUUCCACUUACGUCAACCGAUUUGCUAAGAGAAGGAGCACCAAUACCACCGGAUCCACCCUCUAGGAGAUGGAAACCCGAUCUUUAUCAGUUCUACCGUGAUGGGGCUCGUAUUGAAGCGGCUUUCAGACAGUUUUUUCAUAGAGCUCCUCCAGAACAAAAAGAAGAUUCAUAUGAAAUAAUUGUUUGCCAUGCCAACGUUAUAAGAUAUUUUGUUAUGAGGGCAUUGCAACUAUCCCCGGAAGCAUGGUUACGUCUUAAAUUGGACCAUGCGAGUAUUACUUCAUUUGCCAUCUUUCCUAAUGGUCGAGUAAUUUUACACAAUUACAGUAAUUCAGGCUAUAUGCCACCUGAUGCAAUCAGUUCUUAA